AUGGUCAAAAACAGCAGCAGUCUUUGCCAGCAGGUCAACAAUUUGCCCACUAUGACCUUUUCAUCCCCCUCUUCUUCGGAAGUUGAGAACAGCAGCAACUGCCGUUUAGCAGUGUCAAGUGGAUUCUUUUCCGACUCAACUCCUUCCUCCUUGGUUUACUCUGAGGCGGCAAAACUGCAACAACAGCAGCAACAACAGCAGCAGCAGUACAUCGGCUUGCUGACCAGCUCAGAAAUGCCACUAAAAAACCAGUCAAAUGGACUUGUUCUGCCACCUCCGGCGCUCAACUUCAACUUUAGCAGCAGCAGCAGCAGUAGUAGUAGCAGCAGCAGUCAAACUGCCGCAGUAGCCAAAACGAGCAGUAAAUCAGGCGGCGGCAAAUCGGCGAUUAAGUCGCUGCUGCUAGGCUCUCCUUCUUCAUCAUCAUCACCUUCUUCUCAGCAUAUUUCGUCUACAUCCUCGCCGAUUUCAAGCAAGGUAAACUGCACGCAAACUGCUGCUGAUGAGCUGCUAAACAGGGGGACCUCUAUUGUGAAGGGUGACCACACCACCAUCACGGUAAAUCAGAUCUCAGUGGGCGGCGACCGAAUUGAGCUGAUGUUCACCAGCAAGGCGCCGCCCGCCAUGGGCGCCAUUGAUAUCGCUGACAUGCCAGUGCUCACCACUACCACGCCCAGUCGACAGCAGCAGCAACCACUGAUGACUAAAAAGGCGGAGAUGAAGGGCGAAAAAGCUAAGGUGAAAACCACCACAGAGACGUCAGCGCUGCGGAACGCUGAGAUUGUCAUUAAUGAGGUGGCCACCAGUGUCAGAUCGACGAUUUCCGAGCACUGUGAACAGAAGUUUGCUGCCAAAACAGAAGCUGUUGAGGGAAACUCAUCAAACUCAUCAUUGCUGCAUAUGAUGGCAACCUCUGAAGAGAGUAAAUUUACUCAAACCGCAACAGAUUCGACUUUUGCCUUUGCGGAGAACUGCUCGCAGAUGAUGCUUUUGGCCGAUGUGGCGGAGAGCAGUUGUCAAAAAAUUGCAAUUGGCGGCAGCAAUCAACAACAACAGCAGCAACAUUUGCCCGUCAACCUCUUUGACCCAUCAUCAUCAUUAGCAGCAGCUUCUUCUUCCACCACUUUUGAGCCUUCCCCAUCAUCACCAAACGACGUCGACGUCUUUAUUGGCAACAGCAACAACAGCUCCUGCAACCCCGACAAUGACAUUUCUCAGUUUAUCAAUCACUCUUUUACCAUGGCGAGCACGUCAACGCUCAGCACUGCUACCACAGCCACCGCCAAUGACAACAGCAACGAAAACUCGGCUAAUGAAUUGAUGGCCUCAUAUUCUGAUCCACUUCAAAACCUUGGCGGCAGUGGGGGUGAUCCCCACUUUCUGGCGGAUGAUUUCAUCUCCUCGGACAAUGAGGACUUCUUUCGUCGCCUGGAGAGCAUGGAGGGAGACUCUUUCAACAACAGCUCCGAGUCGCUGGACAUGGCCAACGUGGACUUCUCUGGCGGCUGUACCGUCGUCGACGACGUCGUCAGGGAGUUCACCAACAUCGACAAUCUCUUUAGUUCCGGUGGUGGUGGAGGUGGAGGUGGAGAAAUGAGUCAGCUGAAGGUGGACGAGGAGUUGCCGCUGUGCGACGCGAACAUGGUCAACAAGGUACUGUCAGACAUUGAAAUGGAGAAGCUGGACGACAGUCUGCUCGCCUUUGCCAACUCCUCGGCGGACAUCUACUCCUUCAGCUUCGACCACCUGGCGGACCCCAUUUGGCCAGGCAUGGGCACAGCUUCGGAUGCCGUCCUCUCAUCAGCAGGCAAUUUCUCUAAUGGAAAGCAGCUCUUUGAUAGAGAAGGAUGCCUGGUGGGCAGUGGUUAUAUUGGUGGUGGUGGCAACGAGAGGUCAAACCACAACAACAGCAUCAACAACAACAACAUGAACCUAGGACAGCUGAUAAACGAAGGCGGUGGAUACUCACUUGGCGGCAGCGGCAGCAACAACAGCAAUCCAAACGGCCAAAGCAGCCUUUUGGCGGACACCGCCCACGGUUCACUGGCCUCCCUGGUGGCGCAGGGAAAUCCCUCCAAGGCACUGAAGCGGCCUCGCCCUCCUAAAUCGACAAAGAACAAGCCAAAGGCCGCCAACAGCAGCACUGCCGUCCCGGUGUCGCCGCUGUCGAUGGCCAUUCUGGGCGCUAUCGAGACGACGACCAAGUCGCUGGCCGACUGCGGCGGCGGCGCCAGCUGUACGCCCACGCCCACCCUUAGCGGCCUGCUCAUGUCCACCGGAA